AUGACACUGCUUUGCCGACCAUUACGAAUAGUAAGGAGCGUUGAAAGGAUCACAAUGAAGUAUUUAACAGGACUGUGGACCGUGAUGCGGGAAUAUGAAAAGACGACGAUUGGACGACAUUUCACAUUAAACACUACACAUCGCCUUUUCCCAGCCCUCUUUUCCCCAACUAAUUCCACACCCAUUUCUCCUUUAUUCCUUAUGUUCUGUGUCUCUACACUGUAG